AUGGGUUUCAUUCAGGUAGAGAGAGUACCCAUGAUGAUUAGGGUGGGACAGGAUCGUUUGCCCUCAACUGAUAGACGGGAUGAAGAAUCCCCUGGGCGUAUCAAGUGUGGUGUCUUCAAGUUGGUUGACUGGGUAGACGUUUUCUCGGUGCAACAUGUACAUCUCUAUGUGAGAGUUGACCUAUGUUGGGGACAUGCCCUGUGGGAUGCCAAGGACUACAUGCAGAAGUGUCGAAAGUGCCAGGAAUACUCCAGGAUGCCCCAUUGCUUGCCAAAGGAAUUGAUGUUGAUCUAUUCACCUUGGUCCUUCGCCCAAUGGGGAAUCGACUUGGUCGGUCCACUUCCCCCGGGCAAAGGAGGAGUCAAGUUUGUAGUGGUGGCUGUGUACUACUUCACCAAGUGGGUUGAAGCCGAGGCCUUAGCAACCAUCACAACGAGCAACAUCAUGCGGUUUCUAUGGAGGUUGGUAGUUUGCAAGUUUGGUGUCCCGCGCACCAUCAUAUCGGAUAACGGGAGGCAGUUCGAUUCCGAACACUACUGCAAUUGGUGCAGGGAAUUGGGGGUCGAGUUUUGA